UUCACCCCUCUUUUGCAUUUCUCUCUCAUCUUUCUCUCUCUAGCUUUCUCUCUGUUUACAUAGCUGGUUGAAGAAUCAAUCUCUCUGCGUCAUAUACGUUCCAAUUUCGUGAUUAGCGGAACGAUGAAGCAUUCAUCCUCAGGUAAGCGAAGAUUAAAUGAUCUAUUGCUUAAAAGUGAUAAUCGGGGUUGUGCUGAUUGUGGUGCUCCAGACCCUAAAUGGGCAUCGGCAAAUAUUGGAGUCUUUAUAUGCUUAAAAUGCUGUGGUGUGCACAGAAGCCUUGGUACGCAUAUCUCAAAGGUUUUGUCUGUAACAUUAGAUGAAUGGUCUGAUAAGGAAAUCGAAAAAAUGUUUGAGGUUGGAGGGAAUGCUUCCGCAAAUUCAAUUUAUGAGGCUUUUGUUCCUGAAGGAUUCUCAAAGCCUGGACCAAAUUCUAGUCAUGAGCAGCGUUCAAAAUUUAUUAGGUCUAAGUAUGAGCAUCAUGAAUUUAUAAAGCCUAGCUUGCGAAGCUCGUCAACUGCUGGAAGGGGCUCUGACCAAUCCCAAAAGAUUACCGAUAGUUUUCGAAGUUCAAGUUCAUCGCAGAGAACGGAAGGCAUGGUUGAAUAUAUUGGAUUAUUGAAGGUCAAAAUAAUAAAAGGCACAGAUUUGGCUAUCAGAGAUGUGAUGUCAAGUGAUCCUUACGUCAUCCUGACUCUUGGUCAGCAGAAGUUUCAAACAAGUGUAAAGAAUAGCAACUCUAAUCCAGUCUGGAAUGAGGAGUUCAUGCUUUCUGUUCCUCAGCAUUUUGGUCCCUUGAAACUGCAAUUAUUUGAUUACGACACAUUUUCUGCUGAUGACACAAUGGGAGAUGUUGAGGUCGAUAUCCAGCCACUCAUAAGCUCUGCAGUUUCAAUCGGAGAUCCUUCAAUGUAUGGGAACAUGCAGAUCGGAAAAUGGCAGAAAUCGCAAGACAAUGCGCUCAUAGACGAUAGCUCCAUUGACAUCAUAGAUGGGAAGGUGAUACAGACAGUGUCACUCAAGCUCCAGAAUGUGGAAUCUGGAGAAAUACAAAUAGAACUGGAAUGGAUGCCUCUUGACCAAUAGUCUACUUAUAAUUUUUUUUUUUUUUUUUUGGUCCCAUUUAAUUUCAAUAAUAAAUAUCAUGUUGUAUUAAUUACUUAUGUGAAAUUGCACCAGAGUGGCUUUUUUUUUGGUAAUUAAUUUAUUCGAACUUCAUUCUUUAUUUAUUUUUCUUUUUCUCAUCGAUUUACUUAAAGUUGAUAUACUUAAUGAGGUUGCAGACAAUUUCCAUUUUCUUAGUAUUAAUCGGUUGUUGAGAAAUAAAUAAUAGUGGUCAAGGUCAUAUGGCCAAUCAAUCCUGA